AUGGCGUCCAAGGAGGGCUCUAGGAUCAAGCUAAGUAUGAAGCUGUUGGUGGACAGCAAGUCCCAUCGCGUGCUGUACGCUGAAGCUGGCAAGGACGUCGUCGACUUCCUCUUCUCCCUCCUCACCAUGCCGGUGGGCACCGUCGUCAAGCUGCUCACCGCGGAAACCAUGGUCGGCAGCGUCGGUAACCUGUACCACAGCGUCGACAAGCUCGACGACACCUACAUCUGCCGUGACGACGCCAAGAUCGACCUGCUCACCCCUUCUGCUGGUUGUCAGGGCGGCAAGCUGCUCCAGCUUGAGGUGGCGCCUCCUGAGUCCGUUGACAUAUACCGUUGCGACAGCACUAUCUACGAUUACCCAGACUGCAGAAAGUACAUGACCAAGGUAUAUGGCGCGACGUGCCAGAAUUGCCGCAGUAAGAUGACCACGCAGCUGGUGGAGAUUGUGGAGCCGGCUGCUGGCGGCGCUGUGUCCUCUAGUGCUGCUGCAGGCACUGGGUUCGUGCAGGGGAUCGUGACUUACACGGUCAUGGACGACCUCAAGGUGGCGCCCAUGUCGUCCAUCUCUGGGAUCACCCUCCUCAACACCUUUGGCGUCACAGACAUUGGCUCGCUCAAUGAGAGGACUGUGCAGCUGGGCUAUGCCGAGGGUCUGGAGAUAUUGAAGGCGUCGCUGCAAUCGCAGACUGUUCUUUCUGACGUGUUCCUUGGGAAGAAGCGGAAGGCCUGAAGGAUUACGAAUUGGGGGGCGGCAGUUUGCUUUUGCCUGUUGUCAUGUGGAGCGUCAACCUUAGAUCCUCUUUCAUUCCGUUGGUGUCUUUCAUUUCAUCGUUUGGUCAGUGGUGUCUUUUGUUUGCAACUCGAAAGUGUUCGUUAACUCUA